AUGUCGGAAUCUGAAGGCGGGAAAGAAACCACCCUUGAGUCCUGCCCAGCCAAUGGGCCAAACCCUGGUCCUGAAUGGGGGCUGUGCCCUGGGCCCCCCACCAUGGGGAGUGAAAUCUGUGAGGCAUCGGACCUGGAUAUCCCUAGAUGAAGGACCCAGCAUAGCAAGCACAAGACGGUGGCAGUGGCCAGUGCACAGCGGUCACCCUGGGCACCCUUUUGCCUCACACUGGCCAACCUGCGGCAGUCCUGCAUCAGCAUCGUGGAGUGGAAGCCCUUCGAUAUCCUCAUCCUGCUGACCAUCUUUGCCAACUGCGUGGCCCUGGGGGUCUAUAUUCCCUUCCCUAAGGAUGACUCCAACACCGCCAACCACAACCUGGAGCAGGUGGAAUACGUAUUCCUCGUGAUUUUCACCGUGGAGACCAUGCUCAAGAUCGUGGCCUACAGGCUGGUGCUCUACCCCAGCACCUACGUCUGCAACGGCUGGAACCUACUGGACUUCAUCAUCGUGGUGGUCGGGCUGUUCAGUGUGCUGCUGGAGCAGGGCCCCGGACGGCUGGGGGACGCCCCGCAUACCGGGGGGAAACCGGGCGGCUUUGAUGUGAAAGCAUUGCGGGCAUUUCGGGUGCUGCGGCCACUGAGGCUGGUGUCCGGGAUCCCUAGCCUGCACAUUGUGCUCAAUUCCAUCAUGAGGGCGCUGGUGCCGCUGCUACACAUCGCACUGCUGGUGCUCUUUGUCAUCAUCAUUUAUGCCAUCAUCGGACUCGAGCUAUUCCUCGGACACAUGCACAAGACGUGCUACUUCCUGGGAUCGGACGUGGAGGUGGAGGAGGACCCGUCGCCCUGUGCGUCUUCGGGCUCGGGUCGUGUGUGCACGCUGAACCAGACCGAAUGCCUUGGGCGCUGGGCUGGGCCUAACGGAGGCAUAACCAACUUCGACAACUUCUUCUUCGCCAUGCUGACGGUCUUCCAGUCCGUCACCAUGGAAGGCUGGACCGACGUGGUCUACUGGAUGCAGGAUGCUAUGGGGUAUGAGCUGCCCCGGGUGUUUAGCCUCAUCAUCUUUGGAUCCUUCUUCGUCCUCAGCCUUGUGCUGGGCGUCCUGAGUGGGGAGUUCUCCAAGGAGAGGGAGAAGGCAAAGGCACGAGGGGACUCCCAGAAGCUGCAGGAGAAGCAGCAGUUGGAAGAGGACCUGCGGGGCUACCUGGACUUGAUCACACAGGCUGAGGAGCUGGACAUCGAGGACCCCUCGGCAGCCGGCAACUCUGGUUCUGUGGCCGAAGAGGGCCGGGCCGGCCACCGGCCACUGCUAGCCGACCUGACCCACAGGAGGUAUGGACGUCUGCAUUGGUUCAGUCACUCCACGCACUCCAGCAGCAGCCAUGGUGGGGGUCCAGCCAGCCUCCCAGCCAGUGACACCGGUUCGAUGACAGAUACCCCAGGGGAUGAGGAGGAGGAGGAGGGGGCUCUGGCCAGUUGUACCCGUUGCCUAAGCAAGAUUAUGAAAACAAGGGUCUGCCGCCGCCUCCACCGAGCCAACCAGGGCCUGCGAGCGCAAUGCCGGCGGGCUGUGAAAUCCAAUACCUGCUACUGGGUUGUGCUGCUGCUGGUCUUCCUCAAUGCACUGACCAUUGCCUCCAAGCACCACGGACAGCCCAUGUGGCUCACCCAGACCCUGGAGUAUGCCAACAGAGUGUUGCUCUGUCUGUUCACGGUGGAGAUGGUUCUCAAGCUGUAUGGUCUGGGACCCUCUGCCUAUGUCUCCUCCUUCUUCAACCGCUUUGGCUGCUUUGUGGUUUGCGGGGGCAUCCUGGAGACCACCCUGGUGGAGGUGGGAGCCAUGCAGUCCCUGGGCAUCUUGGUGCUCUGAUCUGUGCGCCUCCUCAGAAUCUUUAAGGUCACCAGACACUGGGCAUCUCUGAGCAACCUGGUGGCAUCCCUGCUCAAUUCAAUGAAAUCCAUCGCAUCGCUGCUGCUUCUUCUCUUCCUCUUUAUCAUCAUAUUCUCUCUGCUUGGCAUGCAGCUGUUUGGGGGCAAGUUCAACUUUGACCAGACCCACACCAAGCGAAGCACCUUUGAUACCUUCCCCCAAGCCCUCCUCACUGUCUUUCAGAUCCUGACAGGCGAAGACUGGAACGUGGUCAUGUAUGAUGGUAUCAUGGCCUACGGUGACCCCUUCUUCCCAGGGAUGCUGGUCUGCAUUUAUUUCAUCAUCCUCUUCAUCUGUGGCAACUACAUCCUGUUGAAUGUGUUUCUUGCCAUUGUUGUGGACAAUCUAGCCAGCGGAGAUGCAGGCACUGCCAAGGACAAGAGCAGGGAGAAGAGCACUGAGGGGAACCUCCCACAAGAGAAUGGGGUAUUGGUGCCUGGUGGGGAGAAUGAGGAAGAGGAGGGUGCAAGGAGUGAAGAAGCAGGCAAGUGGACCAGGCCAGGCAUGGAGGAGGAGGGUGAAGAUGAUGAAGAGGAAGGGGGUAUGGGGCAUGUGGAACUCCUGCAGGAAGUUGUACCCAAGGAGAAGGUGGUACCUAUCCCUGAGGGCAGCGCCUUCUUCUGCCUUAGCCAAACCAACCCAUGAGUGCUGAGGAAGGCCUGCCACUCCCUCAUCCACCAUCAUGUCUUCACCAGUCUCAUCCUGGUGUUCAUCAUCCUCAGCAGUGUGUCCCUGGCCGCUGAAGACCCCCUCCGAGCUCACUCCUUCCGCAACCACAUUCUGGGAUACUUUGACUGCUUCACCUCCAUUUUCACUUUGGAGAUUCUAUUAAAGAUGACGGUGUUUGGGGCUUUCCUGCACCGUGGCUCCUUCUGCCGGAGCUGGUUCAAUCUAUUGGAUCUGCUGGUGGUCAGCGUAUCCCUCAUCUCCUUCAGCAUCCACUCCAGCGCCAUCUCAGUAGUGAAGAUCCUGCAAGUCCUCCGAGUAUUGCGGCCCCUCUGAGCCAUCAGCAGGGCCAAGAGACUCAAGCACAUGGUGCAGUGUGUGUUCGUGGCCAUCCAGACCAUUGGGAACAUCAUGAUUGUCACCACACUCCUACAAUUCAUGUUUGCCUGCAUCAGUGUGCAGCUCUUCAAGGGAAAAUUCUACAGUUGCACUGAUGAGGCCAAACACAUGCCCCAAGAAUGCAAGGGCUCUUUCUUGGUCUACCCUGAUGGAGAUGUGUCACAGCCCCUGGUCCGGGACCGGCUCUGGGUCAACAGCGAUUUCAGCUUUGAUAAUGUCCUUUCAGCCAUGAUGGCCCUGUUCACUGUCUCCACCUUUGAAGGCUGGCCUGCGCUGCUAUACAAGGCGGUCGAUGCACAUGCAGAGGACAAGAGUCCCAUCUAUAAUUACCAUGUGGAGAUUUCCGUGUUCUUCAUUGUCUAUAUCAAUAUUGCAUUCUUCAUGAUGAACAUUUUUGUGGGUUUCAUCAUCAUCACCUUCUGUGCCCAAGGUGAGCAAGAGUACCAAAACUGUGAGCUAGACAAGAACCAGCGUCAAUGUGUGGAAUAUGCACUCAAGGCCCAGCCACUCCGCCGAUACAUCCCCAAGAACCCACAUCAAUAUCCUGUGUGGGCCACUAUGAACUCUGCAGCCUUCGAAUGCCUCAUGUUCCUGCUCAUCCUGCUCAACACAGUUGCCCUAGCUAUGCAGCAUUAUGAAGAGACUGCUCCCUUCAGCUAUGUCAUGGACAUCCUCAACAUGGUCUUCAUUGGCCUCUUCACUGUUGAGAUGGUGCUCAAAAUCGUCGCCUUCAAACCCAAGCAUUACUUCACUGAUGCCUGGAACACGUUUGAUGCUCUUAUUGUGGUGGGCAGCGUGGUGGACAUUGCUGUCACUGAAGUCAAUAAUGGUGGCCAUCUUGGUGAGAGCUCUGAGGACAGCUCCCACAUUUCUGUCACCUUCUUUCACCUCUUCCGAGUCAUGAGACAGGUCAAGCUUCUCAGUAAGGCUGAGGGAAUCCAUACAUUGCUCUGAACAUUCAUCAAGUCUUUCCAGGCCUUGCCCUAUGUGGCUCUUCUCAUUGCUAUGAUAUUCUUCAUCUAUGCAGUAAUUGGCAUGCAGAUGUUCGGCAAGGUGGCUCUUCAGGAUGACACACAGAUCAACCAAAACAACAACUUCCAAAACCUUCCACAGGCUGUACUGCUUCUGUUCAGGUAUGCCACUGGUGAGGCAUGGCAAGAGAUAAUGCUCGCCAGCCUUCCCAGGAAUCGGUGUGACCCUGAGUCUGACUUUGGCCCCAGUGAGGAGUUUACCUGUGGGAGCAAUUUUGCCAUUGCCUAUUUUAUCAGCUUCUUCAUGCUCUGUGCCUUCCUGAUUAUAAUUCUCUUUGUGGCUGUAAUCAUGGACAACUUUGAUUAUCUAACCAGAGAUUGGUCCAUCCUGGGCCCUCAUCACCUGGAUGAAUUCAAGAGGAUCUGGUCUGAAUAUGAUCCUGGGGGCAAGGGCCGCAUCAAGCACCUGGAUGUGGUUGCCUUGCUGAGAUGCAUCCUGCCCCCACUGGGAUUUGGAAAGCUGUGCCCACACCAUGUGGCCUGCAAGAGACUUGUGGCAAUGAACACGCCCCUCAACUCAGAUGGGAAGGUGACAUUCAAUGCCACACUCUUUGCCCUGGUUUGGACAUCACUGAAGAUAAAGACAGAAGGGAAUCUGGAACAAGCCAACCAGGAGCUGCGGAUUGUCAUUAAAAAAAUCUGGAAGCGGAUGAAGCAGAAGCUGCUAGAUGAGGUCAUCCCUCCUCCCAAUGAGGAGGAGGUCACCGUGGGCAAAUUCUACGCCACAUUUCUGAUCCAGGACUAUUUCUGCAAAUUCCGGCAGAGGAAAGUAAAGGGGCUACUGGGGACUGAGGUGCCCCCAAGCACCUCCUCUGCCCUUCAGGCUGGUCUGAGGAGCUUACAAAACUUGGGUCCUGAGAUUCGGCAGGCCCUCACCCAUGACACAGAUGAAGAGAAGGAGGAAGAGGUGCAGGAGGGAGAGGAGGAGGAAGAUGAGAAGGACCCAGAAAUGUGCAAAGCCCCUAUGGACUCCCAGCCCCCAUCUCACCAGAGCUCCAUGGUUUCUGUGUCUCUGGCUGUUGGGGACAGACUCCUAGACUCGCUCUCCCAUGCACCCAGUGAUGACUCCAAGCAGUCCAGUGUGCCCCAGUCUGGAUCCCACACCCAUAGGAGAAGCUCGGAGGUUUGCAUUUUCACCAUCCCUGAAGAAGGAAGUUCUCAAACCAAAGAACAUGACAAGCAGGAAGAGGAAGAGGAUGUUCCCAACCCACCCUCAGGCCAAGACAUGCUCUCCUACCUAGAUGAACAGGCUGGGACCCCCCCGCGCCUCGCCCUUUUGCCGCCUCAUAGAUCCCAGAGAUACAUGAAUGGGCACCAUGCCCCACGCCGCCGUCUGCUGCCAUCCACGCCUGCAGGUUGGAAGUCCUCCUUUAUCAUCCAGUGUCUGAGACGCCAGGGCAGAUGUGAGGAUUUACCCAUCCUGGGCACCUAUCACCGUGGGCGAAACUCAGGGCCCAGCAGGGUGCAGGGUUCCUGGGCAACUCCUCCUCAGUGGCGUCGGCUCCUGUAUGCCCCACUGUUUUUGGUGGAAGAGGGUGCAGCAGGGGAGGAGCACCUCAGCAAAUCCGGGGGUCCGCUGUGCACCUUCACCCACCUGCACAUGCCUGGAACCCACUCAGACCCCAGCCAUGGCAAGAGAGGCAGCGCUGACAGCCUGGUGGAGGCUGUGCUCAUCUCUGUGGGGCUGGGCCUCUUUGCCCAAGACCCGCACUUCAUGGCCCUGACCAAGCAGGAAAUAGCAGAUGCAUGCUGCCUGAUGCUGGACGAGAUGGACAGUGCUGCCAGUGACCUGCUGGCACAGGGAGCCAGCUCACUCUGUAGCAACAAGGAGUCCAUCCUCUCCCAAUUUGAUGAGGAGGACCUGGGAGAUGAGAUGGCCUGUGUCCACGCCCUCUGA